GAACACUACACCAACAAGGCAGACAACCCCAUGGUACGGUACACUUGGAGCCUUUCCUGCUUGUAUGUUGCUGUUCCACCACUCAUGCUGGAAGUUUUGUCCCUCGGAUCCAUCCUUGUAACGCCUCGGACUCAAACACUGAAUAUAACUAUUCCAUAUUUCUGCUGCAAUUUGUCAAAGAAGGAGGAUGAAAGAGGGAAAAUAAUUAAAGAAACGAUUAAAAGAGCUCUUUCAGCGCUUCAAGACCUGGCCAUAUCACCAGGGAUACGGGAUCCGAGGCUUAACACAGCGGAAUGUGUUGUCGAAGGCCACAAGAUAGACAUAGAAGCUACAGGACGCAGUGUGUACAUCAAAAUAAUCCUCUGGUAG